GUGGAGGAUAUCUCUGGAAUUACGCGUGAUUUACUAGUGUCUAGCUUGCAUCAAUGUUUAUUUGCUAUGCGAAAUAUAAUUGGACAUAAUCUUAUGCCGCUUAUAUGCGAAAAAAUCGAAUCACAAUGGCCUAAUGGUCAGUUGGAUGCUUUAAGCUUACUCAGUGAUUGUUUACAUGGACAAAUUCAAUGUCCAAAUGUCGAUGAUACUACUAUCAAUACAAUAUUAUUCUCAGAUAAGAAUCCAAUCGAUAUACGACAUAUCUCUCCUUAUCUUGGUGUAAUUAUUCCUACAUUAAUCAAAAUUG